GCUGGAAACUGAGCACAGAACUCCCCACGAGACUAUUCCCUCCUCACAAUUUAGUAAAGAUUUACCAUGUCGACCAGCGUCGUCACCACCGUCAAUCAACUCAGAUCACACCUCAAAGGCGCACUCUACGGACUCGCAGUCGGCGACGCACUCGGAGCGCCAUAUGAAUUUCGAACUCGCGGAAAUUACGCGGUAUCUGGUAUGAUGGAGGCUUCCUUUACGUUUACGCUCCCCGAUGGGAGACCGAUGGAACCCGGAACGUGGACGGAUGAUACUAGCACUGCACUUUGUUUGGCUGAAUCCUUGAACGAGAAGGGUAAACUGGAAUGGGAAGAUGUAGCCAAGAAGCUUGUGAAAUGGUAUGAAGAAGGAUACAUGUCUGCAGUGGGUUAUUGUUUCGAUAUAGGGAACGCUACCCGAGAAGCUCUCGGCAUAUACUCAUCCGCGAUCAAAAGCGGAAACAAUUUUACCCUCUCUGGCUCAAGCAACCCAUACUCAUCAGGAAACGGCUCACUUAUGCGACUCAGUCCAGUUCCCGUAUUUUAUCAGAGCAAUCCACGCGAAGCUCUCGCCAUGUCAGAUAUGCAAAGUAGAAUCACUCAUGCGUCGCACAUGUGUCUCGAGUCCUGCCGACUGGCUACCGCCCAAUUCCUCGGGUUCUUCGCUUUGGCUAGGAACUCGUCGAAUACCUCUACGUUAUCUUUGGAAGAAGCAGAGGAGAGGAAGGAAAUGGUGUUGUCAGCCGAUUAUCUCCCAGCAGGAGUCACAUCGGAUGAAUUGAGCUUCGCCACAGAAGAGGUAAAGGCACUGAGGGCAGGGACUUGGAAGACAAAAUCAGUGAAGCAGAUAAAGACUUCUGGGUUCGUGAUUCACUCGCACGAAGCUGCGCUUUGGGCUUUAUGGAAUUCGAAGUCAUUUGAAGAGGGAAUGCUCUUGCUCCUGCCAUUGGGUUCAGACGUGGAUACUGUUUGCGCGAUAUAUGGACAGCUGGCGGGUGCGCUUUACGGGAUUGAAGCGAUACCCGAGCGCUGGCUGAAUGCCUUACAACGGAAAGACGUCCUUGAGAGGGUAUUCGACACACUCGUGGAAACGUCGGUAUCAUGAUGAUACGUCGGUCUUAUUAGGACAUCGUAUGCAUUUGAUACCCAUACGUUUGCGUUCUAGCAUUUGGACUAUACCCUUGCAUAUACAUGUAAAGUUACUUCCUCCAAGCACACCUUAACCGAGUAGAAGCUGAGCACUCUGCUUGGCCUCCUUCUUCGUCAAUCCUCUUCCUUCAACC